UGGAAGGCGGAGAGAUCCUGAGAUCCACAGCCCCGCUGUCCAUAGUUCUGAAAACAGGCAUUCCAGGAGAGGAACCCCGACAGGACACGUAGACAAAAACCAACUCCAACAUCUGACUGCGACUCAGAAAUAUCAGCGACAUCUGGAGCUGGUUGUGCGCGUGACCGCGGGGUUUUCUGCACCUGACGUGACGAGAAAACGGGACCUGGAAUCCCCGAAGCCCCCCUCCCUUCACGGGCAAGUGUUCUUGGUCACUCUCUGCACCCAGUUCAGGACCUGUUCUAUCAGACCAUGACAAGAAACUGCCAUGCCUCGUGUGUCCUCACCAUCAUGGUCCUCUUCACAUCUUUAUCCUUCCUUCAUCUCUCCACACCCAACCCAGUUUCUAUGUUUGGAGAUUAUGACGAUGCACCCAGAGAGGUUCUUCCCAGGCUUCCAGUUUAUGAAAACACCGAACAAACGCAGGAGAGACGGAAAAGAGCCUUGAGAGACCAAACUGAGCAAGAAGAGGAGCUCUUUAAAGAUGUAGAUCCCAAAAGACUAGCUGCUGUGUUACUGGAGGCUCUGAAUCACACACACAUGGAAAGAGAGAGGGAUGAAGAGAACUAUAACAGCAUGGAAGAAGAGACACAGACUGAGAGAGACGAGAUUCGAAAAGAAGAACCACACGGUGAGAGAGUGUCAAGAAACAGAGAAAGAGACGGGCAGAAAGAGCUGGAGCGGUUUAUUGCUUCACAUGGCAAAGAACAGGAACGGGAGGAGGACGAGGAGAAGAAGAAAGCUCUGGAAGAGGAGGAGAAGAUAACUGAGAAGGUGACAAGCCACACGACAAGUCAGACGGUCCAAAUUCAAACAAAGCAGCAGCCAAAUGGUUCAGACGGAACAGCAGAGAGCGGUGCUGCUAACCAGCAGGGAUCAUCCAACCCCGAGCAAAGCAGCUACGAAGAGGAGGAGCAGCUCAAUCCUGAGGAGCUGAAGAGUCUGGAGACCGUGAUGAAGGAGUUUCCACGUCUUAACAGUAAAAGAGAUGGUGCUUUGGAGGAGCAGCAGAGAAACACUAGAGGUUACAGCAGCUACAACGACAUCAUUCCGAUAAAUAAGGGCAGUGACCUCGCCAUGACCAAGAAAAAAUUAAAAUGGCAGGAAGAAACACAGAAAGCAGUGUACUUCCCAACAUUUACCCGAGGCAAUUCUGUAGAGCAAUCAGAGGACGGCAACUAUAUUAGCAAAGCAACCCAGCCCCCAACUCCAACUGAACAGAAAGGGGUGCAAGAUGAUUACACAGACGAGGAAGAGGAGGAGGAAUUGCUCAGCCCAGAGGAGGAGGAAGCCCGAGCCAAAGUGGAGCAGGAGGAGAUGAUGAGGCAGGCAGCAGAGGCACAAAAAGCCAAAAUGGAAGAGGAAAAGCUGGCUGACAUCGCCUCAGACAUGUUGCUGAGCUACAUGGGUAAACAAAAUAAAGGUGACAAGAAGCACAGCUUGUCUAUGUCGAAUGCGGCAGAGGAUAAGAGAUCGGAUGAGGAAGUGACAGAGGAGGACGACCUUGACCCUCAGACCAUUGACAAGUUGAUUGAGAUUUCCAAUAAAUUACACCUCCCCGCUGAUGACGUCGUGGACAUAAUCACUGAUGUUGAGAAGAAGAAGAAGAAAGAUGUGCCACCCGAGAUGGCAUCUGUUCGGCAGUAUACCUCAGCGCCACUGUCUCCUUCUUUUCAUUCCGGUUGGCAAGUUUCGUCAAAUCAAAACAGCUUUCCGGUCUCGAAGCAACCGUCUCCAGCUGUAAAUAUCCUAAAAACCUGGUUUCAAGACCAAAACACGCCAAAAUCAGACGUUUCUCAAAAGAAACUUCCUAAACCUUUGCUACCAUAUAAUUUUUCACCCAAACCUGAAAAGCCCUUUCCGGUGAAACAGGAGCGCUGGUUCAAGUUACCGAAGUCUGUCUGGACUGGCUACUCCUUGUAUCCCUACUCCUACUCCACCUACCACCAAAGGAAACCCAUCGUGGGUUACUAUCCUUUCUACUUUCCUCCCAUGCCAAGACCUAAAUCCCAUUACUACCGACCUAAACCUCCUCUAACACACAACAAUUACUUUGGUAAUUCUGUGGAAGAUCCGUACAUUUUCCCUCCAAGAAGGCGCUAUCAAAGCUGGGUCCAACCUCAGCUGAGAAAAUCACCUGCCGCCCUUCAGCCUAAGUCUUUCUACUCCAGCUACUACCCACGUCCUUACUCCCAACCAUUUCAGCGAAUACCUCCAUCCCAAGCCAAUUCCCCUCCUCAGACAGCUGCUCAACGAAAGCAGUUUCUGAUCUCCGCUCUGGAACCCGCAGCAUCAAAAAACAAAGACUAUCAUAAGGGUGCAAAACAGCCAGACAGCAGUAUCCAUGACGAUGUGGAGAAAUACAUCCAGCAGAUUCUCAUGAACAGAGCACAGAGGCUGGACCGAAAUGGAAGUAAAUAAACAUUAGUGCAAGAUUCCGACAUCUUAAAGAUGAAUCAGCAGAAAGCUAUAUUUCUUUGAGAUGUUUUUGCGUUAUGUUUUUUCUAAAGGGGCAGUAUUAUGUAAAAUCAACAUUUUUGGCUUUGUUAUAAUGUUAUUUCCUCAUCAAAACCAUACCUGGAGUGUUUCUUUGUUUUUUUUAUGCAUGUUUGAGAAAUCCUUGAAUCUCCCGUGGCAACCAUUCUGGUUUGGUAAAUGUUUAGGGAACCGAGCGCCAUUUCCACACACAGCUAAUCCUCAGAGCAGUUUCCAAGCCGAGCUUCUGCUCCUUCAAACUAGCAGCAGCAGCAAUUAGCAAGCAGCUGGUGGAACUGUGCAUCUCCUGAGCUCAUUAUAUGAACCGUUUCUCAGCCCAGUGCUGUGAUCAACGUUUGUAAGCACUUAAUAGUGAAGCGUAGUUAUUAUGAUUUCCUGGGAGUCAGAAAGAGCACACAUUUCUUAAAGUGACAGAGGCUCAAUUUCAAAGAGCUAAAUUGCAAAAUCAAAUUUCUUUUAAGCCAUGUUUGAUUUAUAUGUGGAUUUUUUUUUAACAACUGAAGGUAAUAGUUACUUGAUUGUGCAUCAAAAUGUGUCUGGAAAACAUAUAAUACUGCCCCUUUAACAUUUGUUCCAAGUUUUGUCUUUCUGUUAGAAUUGGUUGAGAUGUGAACACGGCCAUGUUCUGAAUCCCAAUGUAAAGACGUUGGAUGGAGCCGAGAGGACCAUGAUGAGUCUAGUCUGUUGGUCCAGCCAUUCUUAAAUUCCAGCAAGAAAAUUUUCUUAAUAUUGACAUUCCUGCAUUAGAAAAUUGGGGUAAAAAUGAAGGGGAUGAACCAUGUGAUCUUGAGGUCCAUUUGACAAAGUUAAUUAAACUGUUCACAUAAGCAUGUGGCUCCAAAUGGAUGAAGCUGGGCACAGUUUCUACUAUCUGCCACCACUGUCACUAUUGUGGUUGUGUAGUUGCCUCCACAUUUUAACUUGUUGUGGAGGCUUCGUCUGCAUGGCAGAUGAAAUGUAAGGAGCUCUGAUCUCCCAAUUUGAAGAUUUUCUUUGUUUUUUUUCAUAACAGUGAAUGAAAAUACUACACUCUUCACCCUAUCGCUGCAUUUGUCAAGGUUUUACAUUGGAAAAAUAUAGUUUCACAUGAACCCCAGACUCACUGUAUGCAGAUUACAAGAUGUGGCCAUGCCUUUAAACUUCUAGUAGUCAAAAAUAACAAAAGAUAAAACUUUUAAUAUAAAAUCCCGGUCAAACAAAUCUACCCCAUGGUGCUCUUCACAACAGUAAUGUGAUGCAACUAUAUUUUGUGUGAGUUGAUAGCUAAGUGGGAAGAAGCACAAAAACACUCUUUCUAGUUCUGUGUCAGUUUAUUGACAUGUGUGUGUCCUGCUGCCCAUAAAAUCUCACCAGAAAAAACAAACUUAUUGGUCAACUCAGAGCAGUGGUGGUUUCUGAAAUGGGCGACACGUGUAACCGCCAUCUUGUGUCAGCAACUUGGUGAAGGGGGCUGGCGCCGAAAAGGUGGUGCCGUUCAAGGCGCCAAAGAGAGUAGGACCGCCUCUGACUCACAGACAGCAAGAUCCUGAAAUAAAGGCAAAGUCGUAGUUUCCCCUCUGGUGUUACUUCACAGCUGACACAAGAUGUCUGCUGUGAAGACACGGUCGCUUUGUUUUUCUCCUGAUAUGGGAACAUGCAUCUUUGCUUUUUUUUGUCCAAAUAUGUUAACCUUUUUUUGUUUCAGAUGCUUUACGAUUAUUUUGAAUGUUCAGAUGAUGCUCUAAAACCUAAGCAGUGCUGUAUUAUGUUUUUAAAGAGAGAAUAUUUAAUCCUAUUCAUUUUAAAUAAGAUUUUAAACAAAUUCCAGUUUAGUAGGCACGUUUGGCUCAAUUAGGAGGAAGUUUGACUCCAAACGUAUUGAGAUUUAAGAUAUUCCAACAAAAACUGGGCAGAGUUUUUAAAAAAAGAAUCUAAAAUAUCUGAUUUUUGAGAUAGAUAUUAAAUAGAUAUUGUUUUGUCUCCUUAACAACAAACUUGAAAAGCACACUUUCAUGAAAAUUUUUAUUAAUAAAAUAUCGUACAACAUUGUAGAGUAUAUUACACACAUAAACCAACAAACAUCACAAAACGACUUGCUCUCAUGAUGAGUCAUCUGUUUGCAUAACUUAAAGUACCUUGUUUCCAUGGUGCCAAACCCUGGCAUGGGUCUGUAGGACAUUCUUAUACAGCUGACGCCUUCAGAGAGUGCAGCUUCGACCCAUCAGCUGAGGCUGGUGUCGAUCUGUACAGAGGUCAUUAUUAUCUGAAUUGCAUAUCCAUAAUUAACUUUACAAAAAGAGACAAACAGUUGUUGCUUUUCAAUAACUAAUCACAGGGGAACUUUGCUUUUUGAUAGCUAAAAAAAUCCCACAAGUUUGCAACAACAUGUAAGAUUUGUAUAGUGUAUUUGUUGAGUACUUGGCCCUAUAUGGAAAUUAUAUUAUAGUAAAUUAUCUUGAGUGUGAACCUUUGAACUUGUAAACUUUUAUCAAGAUUAAUUUAACCUAAAUUAACUUUGGGACUAUUCAAGUCUCUUUUGAUCUAAAUUUCUCUGUUUUUAUCUUUUAAAUUCUGAAAUAGUUUUGAGAUGAUGAUGAUGAUGAUGAUGAUAGUUGCUAUGCCAUUUGUAAAGUUAAACAGUCAAACUUUAGCAGCCAUAAUUUGGGUUAUUUAGCCUGUCAUAAGAGGGGAAAAAUAGGGGUGCAUUUUCCAAAGUCAUAUUUUCACCAUUUUAUGUAUUCUUUUUUAUAUCACAGUUUCAAACAAAAUAUCUAAUUUUGUUUGAAAAUUAGAUAUUUUCAAACAAAAAUAACCUUACUAAUUAUUUAGUAAGGUUCCAACUAAAUAAUUAUCACAGAGCUACUUAAAUAUUGCCUUUUAAGUUAAAUAUUAUUUGGUUAACUAAAUAUUAAGCUUGCUAAACAAAUUUAGCUUCAAACUAAAUAUCUGGCUUGUUUACAUAUUUGUUAGAAAUGUCACUUUAUUGUGGCAGCAUAGUGUCAUAUCUGUGGGGGUAAAAAAAUGAGCUCCCUUGUCUUAUCAGGUUGUUAAUUAUUUGAAUGUGUAACUUUACAAAUGGCAAAAACAUUGACUUUUUUUCUCCACGGUUUUUAAGUCUCAAUUUUAGAAGCAAGUUUGUAUAAAAUCGAUAUUAAACCAAUGUGAAACAGAUGCUCGGUUGGUGUUGGUGACCUUUGGAGAGUCUCAGAAUGUGUUUCCAAGUCAGAACAGAAGAAUUUAGUGGAAUAAAAAGAGUUUCAACAUUGUGCCUUUCAUCGACAAAAAAAGUGAAGUGAAAGCAAGACGUUGGCUAACUAACAUGUUUUCUGUAUUUUUGACAAUUUUUUGGGUCUGUUAUGAAAGUAAGAUGGGAAGUGUUGGUGGGAAGCCCUGAGCUAAAAAUGCACACAUCAGAAAUAAGGGCGCAGUCUUGCACGUUUCUGUAUAAAUGCAUCCAAAAAUUGCAUCAUUUUAAAAAGUAAAAAAAAAAAAAUCCUCAAGAUUAAGGAAACAAUGACUUCAGUACAAGUACAAAAUAGUGAGAUGUGUAUGGGUGAGUGUCGGUCUUUCUAACUGUACCUUGUUGUAAACGUCGUAAUAAACAUGCGUUUGCUGAAUGUAAACAAGCACAUGUUCAUGACUACUUUUGCUACCCAUGGAAAAGUGAAUAAAGUCAAUUAUUUUUGUUACAAUAA